UCUUUCGAAGUAACGUUUCGACUAUCGACAAAUCCCCAGAAUCGGACAUAUCGAAAACUGAGCUUGCUCCGGCGGUGAACUGGGCCUGGUACCGGGUGUGGGGCCGUGUGGAGGUGUGUGUCGGACGAGGAAGAGAGGACAGUCGUAGAUUAGUAAGUCAGUUUACUUCAUGAAAAUAAUGUUCUAUCACUAUUUUGGUGUUGCAGUUACACCAAGUUCCAUUUUACAAAAGUAGAUCUACUGCUACAUGACUGUAUUACUAUAAGGACUGCAGGAGUAAAUCUGGUGUCUGCGAAUACGGAUCUACAAACGAACUUGCAUAGCACAUUCGAUUACCUGCCAGCUGGCAGUGGAUAUAUAUGAUUCUUCGCUGAGCCAUAGUUAUUUUUACACUGAGAAAGUGUGUAGGGUGAAUCACUGAAUGCAUCGCACGCAGGAGCCUGUCUUGGUGAUGGCCCGGGCUGCAGCAUCGGAGACUUCAGAAGCACUUGCAGCUGCACUGGAUGAUAACUCACCCAUAACAGUGGUGCCCAGUUCGGAGAGUCCAAAGUCGGUGUGUGCCGUGGGCAUUGAUCUUGGUACAACCUACUCCUGCGUCGCGGCAUGGCGAAAUGGCCGAGCCGAGGUGCUGGAAAACAGCAUGGGUGCCCGCACCACUCCGUCCUGGGUGGCCUACAAAGGAAAGGAUGUCCUCGUGGGUGAGGCGGCAGUCUCUCAAGCGGCUCGCAACGCUCCCAACACGAUAUUCGAUGCAAAGCGCAUGAUAGGGCGUCAAUACGUCGACCAAAGUGUGCAUGAAUUCUCCAAGUUAUGGCCGUUCUCAGUUGUCGACCGCUCGGGCAACUGCUGUAUGAGAGUCGAGGCGGAUGGACAGGAGAAGGUUGUGUGUCCUGAGGAAGUGUCUGCACGCGUCCUAAUGAAAAUGAAGCAUGCGGCCGAAGAUCGCCUUGGCUGUCAAGUUGAGUCAGCCGUUGUGACCGUGCCUGCCUACUUCAAUGAUGCCCAGCGUCAGGCCACUGUUGAUGCCUGUUCUAUAGCUGGCCUCAGGGUAGAACGAAUCAUCAAUGAACCCACGGCUGCUUCAUUGGCCUAUGGUCUUGACAGAGUGCAAGAUGAUACACAUCGUAAUCUGCUUGUCUACGACCUGGGCGGUGGCACACUGGAUGUGACGGUGCUGGAGGUGGAGGGCACGGUGUUUGAGAUUCGCAGCACAUCUGGUGACAUGCAGCUGGGUGGCCAGGACUUUGACAGCAAUCUCGUCAAUCACGUUAUACCGCAGGUGGUAACAAAGUGUGGCUGUUCGGAAGAGGAGUUUCGCGCCAACAGCAAGGCAGUGCGGAAGCUGCGCGAGGCCUGUCAGAAGCUCAAGCACACCUUGUCACACUCUCUUGAGGGCACGAUAGAAGUGGAUGCACUGUACGGCGGUGAAGACUUCGACUCCAGCCUGACGAGAGGCGAGUUUGAUGCCAUCAAUCAGCAGCUGUUAGACCGCAGUCUCCUACCUGUGGAGAGAGCGCUGGAUGAUGCUGGCAUGAGUAAAGAUGAGGUGGAUGAGGUCGUCCUCAUUGGUGGAUCAACUCGAAUUGUAGCUGUUCAAAAUUUACUGGAGGCGUACUUCCCAGGAAAGUCUCUCAGUAAGCGCAUCAACCCAGACGAGGCCGUGGCGAUGGGUGCGGCCAUCCAAGCCGCUAACCUUACUCUGUCGUAUGACCAGAAGAAAGGUUCCGUGCGAGACGGACGCUUGGAAGGACUGACUCUGAUGGAUGUCUUGCCACACAGUCUUGGCAUUGAGCUAGCGAACGGUAACAUGAGUGUUGUCAUCAAGCGUAACACAACCAUUCCGUACAAGCACACACGCACCUACUACAACAACGAGGACGACCAGACGGAAGUGGACGUCGAGGUGUUUGAGGGUGAGGAAAAGCGUGCAGCAAAUAACAGACUACUGGGAAAGUUCACUCUACCAGGCAUCCCGCCACGUCCUCGUGGAAAGGUGAGAAUAGAUGUGACAUUCUCCGUGGACGAAAACAGCAUUCUGGAGGUAUCGGCGGAGGCAGCGGGAGAGGACGCAGCUCCGGCAACUCUUGUAAUAGAGAAAGAAAAGGGUCUGCUCGGUCAGACAGAGCUGGACGAAAAGAUUUCGGAAGCACGCCGGUGGGAGGAGACGUGCCGAACGAAGCGACUGAACUAGCUGCUGUGAAUUGUUCGGGCGAUGGGUUCACACGGAACCCUCCCCUUCCAUUCCAGCUAAGAUCUAACUCUUCAACCAUCACCAGGAAGUUAUGCUGUGAACAAACUGGCAAAGCUUCUUCACUAUUUAGUAUUUUCGUUUCAAAUUGUAGCAUGGCACUCCUGAUACAAGUAUUAUUUUCCGCCGAUUGCCCAAGCAGAUGUUUCGCUGCGUGGCUUCCUUGUCACAUCCAGAGCUGGCUCUGAUGUGAUAAUGAUUAUAUCGAUUUCCUGCUGCUCUGCACCCCUGUGUCAUGUGCAGACCCUUCUCUUGCUCUCUCUCUCUCUCUCUCUCUCUCUCUCUCUCUCUCUCUCUCUCUCUCUCUCUCUCUCUCUCUCUCUCUCUCUCUCUCUCUCUCUCUCUCUCUCUCUCUCUCUCUCUCUCUCCUCUCUCUCCCUCUUUUCCUCUCUCUUGAUGCUGAACUUCUCUUCGGAAAUUUUUGAUUUAUUUAUAUACAGCAUCUGUGCUGUGCAAUUCAACAAUGUUCUUAUUUUUUCCAUGUUCUCACUCACACCGUUGGAGUUUGAAAUCAAUGACAAGUCUUCGUCAUGA